CGCGGUGGGACCAGGCACAUUGGUCCGCCCGUUGAGCUCGAGACCGGGGGUGGCGCGGCGGCUCUCGGGGAUUCCUGGCCCAAGAUGCGCCAGAAGCCGCAAGACAGCCCGAGCCAAAGCGCGGCGGGGCUCACGGAAGGAGGCCGAGCGGGGCCGGGCUCCCGGGAGAACGGCAGAAGCUUGUCUGUCCCAGACACCCUGGAGUCUCCUCCGGCCGGCCCGGCGGGCGCGCACCUGCCAACUGCCCCUGACCUCCCGGGCCAGGCGGCCCCCGAGCCGGAGAACAUGGCCCAGCCCAAGUCCGACUGCCGCUCACCUGUCGGCCUCGACUGCUGCAACUGCUGCCUGGACCUGGCCCACCGGAGCGGGCUCCAGCGCGACAACGGCGGGGACAACAACUCGGGCAGCCCCACCGUGAGCAACUUUCGGCAGCUGCAGGAGAAGCUGGUCUUCGAGAACCUCAACACUGACAAGAUCAAUAGCAUAAUGCGGCAGGAUUCGCUAGAGCCUGUACUGCGGGACCCCUGCUACCUGAUCAACGAGGGCAUCUGCAACCGCAACAUCGACCAGACCAUGCUUUCCAUUCUGCUCUUCUUCCACAGUGCCUCCGGAGCCAGUGUGGUGGCCUUAGACAACAAGAUCGAGCAGGCCAUGGAUCUAGUGAAGAAUCAUCUGAUGUAUGCUGUGAGAGAGGAGGUGGAGAUCCUGAAGGAGCAGAUCCGGGAGCUGGUGGAGAAGAACUCCCAGCUGGAGCGGGAGAAUACUCUCUUGAAGACCCUGGCGAGCCCAGAGCAGCUGGAGAAGUUCCAGUCCCGUCUGAGCCCUGAGGAGCCAGCUCCCGAAACCCCAGAAACCCCCGAGGCCCCCGGUGGUUCUGCGGUGUAAGUGGCUCUGUCCUCAGGGUGGGCAGAGCCACUAAACUUGUUCUACCUAGUUCUUUCCAGUUUGUUUUUUGGCUCCCCAAGCGUCAUCUCACGUGGAGAACUUUACACCUAGCCUAGCUGGUGCCAAGAGAUGUCCCAAGGACAUGGCCACCUGGGUCCACUCCAGUGACAGACCCCUGACAAAGAGUAGGUCUCUAGAGGCUGAGUUGCAUGGGGCCUCAUCACCCCAAGCCAGUGAGCCUCUAAUGCCACUGCGCCCUGUGGGCUCCCAGGGCCUGAGCAAUUUAGCUGCAGCUGGCAAAGGAGAAAGGUAGUUUGAGACGGGCCGCUCCAGAAAGUCUAAGGGGUCUGUUUUUUUCAUUUCCAUGGACAUCUUCAACAGCUUCAACCUGACAACAACUGUCCUAUGAAGAAACCAAUUGUGGUUUAAGCAGAGGCAACCUCUCUCUCCUCCAUUGCCUCACCAGGACAGGGCCACAGUUGGGAGAGAUUGAGCCAAGUCAGCCUUCUGUUGGUGAAUAUGGUGUAAUGCAUGGCUUUGUGCACAGCCCAGUGUGCGAUUAUGGCUUUGGGAUGACCGCUUACAAAGUUCUGUUUGGUUAGUAUUGGCAUAGUUUUUUCUAUAUAGCCAUACAUGCGUAUAUAUACCCAUAGGGCUAGAUCUGUAUCUUAGUGUAGUGAUGUAUACAUAUACACAUACACCUAUGUGUUGAAGGGCCUAAUCAGCUUUGGAAGUAUUGAGUGGUCCCUUAUCUCUUAAGGCUAAUUCUUAGAUUUGUUCAUUUACCAAGUGGAUCCAGUUUGUCCUUUAGGUUAAGUAAAACUAAAGAGUAAAGGCAAGAGUACACCCGUGGCAGAGUCAUGUUGAUGUAUGGCAAAACCAAUACAAUAUUGUAAUUAGCCUCCAAUUAAAAUAAGUAAAUUUAUAUUAAAAAAAGAGUAAAGGCAGGGAGGGGGCCAGCCUCUAAAUGCCUUGCUGCUGCAACCUUGGCCCCAUAUGUCCCCUGAAUACAUGUGAGGUCCCCUUCUGAAUGCCAAACCCACCAUUCACUGGUGCUGACUACAUAGAAUGGGGUUGAGAGAAGAUCAGCUGGGACUUUGUCAUCGGAAAACUUUUUUGUUUUUAACGGUUGUGGAAAACUUGCAAGUGCAGAGAACGAUCAGCUUGCCGGUGUCCUCUCAUGGACAAGGGAAUAACUGACCCAAUGAUGCCUGGGUGAUGUGCUCAGGGAGCUUGUCUCUAGGGAGUUGUGUGGCAGUGAACACGUCCCACUUUCUAACACCUUAUCCUGAUGUUAUGUCUCCAGGAUUUGGAUUUGGAUUUUUCAAAUGCAGCUUGAAAUUUCAAUAAACCUUGCUCUUUUUUUUUUCUAAAAAUAAA